GUAGGAGCCCUAGAACCAGCUGAUACUUGUCAGACACUCUUCUGCUGGCAUCGUUUCCAGACAAUCUGUAGAAAUGGUUUCUGGGUGAAAAUAAUAGUAACCAUCCCUCGCUCUUCUUAUCCAUAGCUCUCAAAACUCUUCGUCUAGGAGCUUGGCAACAUUAUCCCUAUUUUACAGAUGGGGAAACUGAGGCACGGAGUGGCAGUGACCUGCCUGAGCUCACCCAGCAGGUUAUAGGACACAGAUCCUUAGAGUUUCAGCACUAGGCCACCUGGGCCUUGAGCUCUGAAUUAGGCCCAGGAUUUUCUUUUCUAGAGUUCACUCCCCUCUCCCUCCCCUCUUCCCCCACCUUCUGGAUUUCUUUUAUUUCCCCCUCUCCAGAGCAUGGUUUAGGAGCCCCUCGUUGUAGGCUGGGCAAGGAACCUCCUAUGUAGAGACUGGCAUGUCUGAACAGAACAGCAGAUCAGCUUGCCCUGCUGUCUGUGAGAGUGGCCAAACACCCCCCACCCCUCCUGUCCUCAUUCAAUGCUCAGUGCAGUUCAAAAAGGAAAGAUUAGGGCCUAAAUUAACCCCCAAAACUGCCUAGGGGAUUUAGACACACAGUUCCCAUCGAAUGUAUGUGUUUUGUAUGUCUCAAUCCAAAGCUAUUUGUCUUAAAACUACCUAUGAUUUUCCAACUGGCUACGCUCACCAUGGUCCAGUACGAUGCACAAUCUCAUGGUUAGAGCAGAGAGCUAGGAGUCCCGAUGCCUGCAUUUACUUCCUGGCUCUGCCACUAACUUGAUUGUGAUCUUGGACAAGUCACUUAACUUCAGUUCCUCAGUCUGCCCAUCUGUAACAUGGGAAGAUAUUCAUGCCCACUCCUCGGGCUGUUAUGAAGCUUAAUUAAUGCUUGUAAAAUACUAAGCUCUCAGCUGGAAGGGGCUGCACGUAUGCCAAGCACGAGUCCACUGCGUAUCAUUGGGUAAGAGCUCUUCCCCCAGCAAAGUGAUCCCAAGUGACAUUCCCAGUGUACUUUGCCUGGCUGUUUAAAACCAGGUCUGAUGUAAUUGCUGACGUUAGUCUCUCAUGUGUUCUGCAACCCUCCCCCCAGGGCACUUCUUGGCUGGCACAAGUGGGUUGUGGAAGAUAAGAAGCGGAAAGCCAUGGCAUCCCAAUACCAUGGUCUCUGUUGCUGCCAGGCUGCCUUUGACUUGUGGAAGCGGCGGCUAGCUCAGAAAGUGGAAGCUGACAGGAGAUUCAGACAUCAGAUCCGCCAAACGGCAGCAGACGCCCUGCAGUGCUGGCAUACCUGCUGGCAGAAGCAGCGCGCCCUGAGGGAUCUGCAGCUGCAAUGGGCCCGGCAAAGCACCCAGCGGAGGAAGAGGAUAGUCCUGCAGGCCUGGCGCUGCUGCGCCGCCAAGUGCAGAAGAGCCGCUUUGUGCGGGGAGCGUCUCCUCCUGCGCAGGGUCCUAGUAGCCUGGGCCCAGGUUACCAUCUGUGGACACGCGCAGCAUGAAGCCCUCGCCCAGUUUGAGCUCGCCAGGCAGCGGCGUAGCCUCGCGCUCUGUUUUGCCCGGUGGAGGACGGGGGUCUUGAGAGCUCAGAAGUGGCCAGGGGAAGAUGGCAAACAACCCAGGCCUGCUUGGGCUAAAUCCUUUCAGCGCUGGAGAGUGGCCACUAGGGGGCAUCAGGCCCUGCACUUAGGCUCCACGGCUGUGGUGAGACAGGCCUGCAAGUACUGGACGAAAGCAGCCGCCUUGUCCCUGAGUGCCCGGCAGCAGUGCACCCUGAUAGGAGUCAGGAAGUGCAGGAAACUGCCUCUGUCUUGGUCACGCAAGUCAAGACGAUGCAUUGAAAAUGGUCUUGGACCAAGCACAGCGUCUUACCAUAGGCUCCUUCCCAGCUCUUUCCGUCGCUGGCUGGUGAUCUACAGAAACCAAAGCAGGAAAGAGAGGCUGCCAGUUCAUCAGCUUUUGGAGAGGCCCGAUAUGAUGGAAGGGGCACGUGGACAUGCCUGGCCCCAGGAGAGCCGCACCGAGCUGGUACCAGAUGAGCAGUAUAGACGAUGGCUUGGGACAAAGUACCUGCGGCGAUGGCGACACAACAUGCUGCUUCGCCGGUUCCGGCGCGACAGGAGGACGCGCUCUUUGGCGAGUGGGUGGCUGCAGUGGAAGGACGCCUGCAGGACAGCACUGAUCGUGCGGGUGCUGGUUGGGCAGCGGCUGCUGGAAUGGGGCUGGAGGAUCUGGAGGAGGCGGUACCUGCAAAGCCGGGUGUCGCAGGGUUUCCUGGAGGGUGAAGACCGGAGCCUGCUGACCAGGGCUUUUGGAAGGUGGCACCAGCUGACAGCAUCCCGGCUGGAGGGCCGGGGACACUGCUGAGCUGCUGGAAGGACGGGCCAGAGCUCAUCUCCUUGGGCCAGCUGAGAACAUGGCUGGGUAUUGAGUGGAAGAGGAGGGUGUCUCCUUUGAACACUUCCCAGGAACGUGGGGCAGUCUCUCCCUUUCAGAACUGCCCCCACCAGAUAGCUGCAGGGAGCCCCAACUGUUGGCCCAGUCCCUGCUGCUAGUGACACAGUGGGCUGGCAGAGGGACGAGCCAGGGAGCUACUAGGUGCAGAAUGAAGCUGCACCCUGGGCCGGAUCCAAAGUGCGGAACACUGGACUGUCUUCCUGCCCGGCUUUGGGGCACGUUCCUGCUAGUAAGCUGGGGCACACAAGGGCACUCCCCUAGGCCCGGGCCAGGCAGGACUGAUGCUUCUGUGGGGGCAAGUGGCUUGCAGGCUGCACGCUGUGCGGAGUUGGAGUUGGGAUUAAAGGGCAGUCUG